AUGAAGAAAGGGCGUGCGGCGAAGCAAUGCAAGAUGCGCAUGGCACAGGGUUGCCAGGUGGCCACCUUGCUGAAUUGCGCAGACAACAGCGGGGCUAAGAACCUCUACAUCAUUGCGGUGAUCGGGAUCGGAGGCCGACUCAACAAGCUUCCGAACUGCUCUCCCGGUGACCUCGUCCUCUGCAGUGUAAAGAAAGGCAAGCCUGAGCUCCGGAAGAAGGUGCUGAAGGGCGUGGUGAUCCGCCAGAAGAAAGCCUGGAGGCGCCGCGAGGGCGUCUACGUCUACUUCGAGGACAAUGCCGGCGUGAUCGUCAACGACAAGGGCGAGAUGAAGGGUUCGGCCAUCCAGGGCCCAGUGGCCAAAGAGUGUGCGGAGUUGUGGCCGAAGAUCGCAUCCUGCGCGCCUGCCAUCUGUUGA